AUGGCUCUGUUGAUGGAGCACCAGUUCAGACAGCUGCCAGCUGACAGACAGGUGGAAACAAGACCGUUUCUGGAGGCUGUGUCAUACCUUCCACCCUUCUUUGACUGCCUCGGCUCUACGAUUUUUGCGCCAAUCAAGGCUGACAUAUCUGGUAACAUCACAAAGAUCAAGGCAGUUUAUGACACCAACCCAGGACGGUUCAAGACACUCCAGCAGAUUGUGGAAGCAGAGAAGGAAAUGCAUGGAGCACAAUGGCCCAAAGUUGGAGCAACGCUGGCUCUUAUGUGGCUAAAAAGGGGUCUACGGUUCAUUCAAGUCUUCCUCCAGAGCCUGGUGGAUGGUGAAAAGGACGAUAGCAACCCAAACCUCAUUCGAGUCAAUGUCACCAAAGCCUAUGAAAUAGCCCUGAAAAAGUAUCAUGGCUGGUUGGUGCAACAGCUCUUCAAGGCAGCUCUUUUCGCUGCUCCGUAUAAGUCAGACUUCCUGAAGGCCCUCUCCAAGGGUCGGGAAGUGAAGGAGGAGGAGUGCCUGGAAAAAAUCAGAAAAUUCCUCAUCAACUUCACCGCCACUGUUGAUGCUAUUUAUGAGAUGUACAAUAAGAUGAAUGCUGAUCUUGAUUACACAGUGUGA